GUAAAUAUUGUAGAAAACCCCCUGGUAAAUUUACAAUACUUUCUCCUUCAAUGAAGCUUUAAAUCGUGCAUACUUUGCAUGUGGUUUUGAAAGUAUAAAGGUUGUUGCAAAAACAGUUAGAACUACCAGAAUCCAGUCGACGCGUUUCUGCUUUAUCAUCAUCAUUGCCGCCGGAGUGCGCGCGCGCGUGUGUGCGUGGCGGCGUGUUCUGUGGUGCCGGCGUUUCGAACGGCGUUGUUAUGCUGGUGCAGCACAUGGUAGUGACAGCCCGCGCGUAGAAGUCCACCGAGACGCGUUUUGUUGGAGGCGAGAUGGCCCCGUUGUUGUGCUCGUCAGCCGAAUCAUCGGGUGGCCCGAGUGGCCUGAAGAGUGCCGUGAAGCUCGUUGAGAGCGCCCUGCAGUCGGACAGCGCGUAUCCGCUGCUCGUCGACCAGUUCGCCGCCUACGGCCCUCUGCCGAGCUGCAGUGGCCUCCAGGACCGGGACUACCCAGCAGACCCGUAUUGCGCUGCCGCACCGGCACCCGGCGGAUCCACGGUGUGCCGAAGGGUACCCUUGCCCGCCGAACUCGCCGAGCAGGUGGCGCACGCACAGAUGCAGUGCCAUCUUGGGCUGUUUCCUGAGAUUGGUCGUGCCUGGUUGGUGGUGGACAGUGACUUGUUUGUGUGGCGGUACGAGACGGGUGACGACCUGGCCUACUUUGAUGGACUAAGUGAGGCCAUUCUGGCUGUCGGCCUCGUGCAGCCUCGACCAGGCGUGUUCCAGCGACACAUUCACUUGCUCCUCUGCCUGGCUACCUGCACAGAGAUCGUCAUCCUUGGUGCCACAAUGCAUGGUGACGAACUACUCCUCCAGCCUGAGCCCGUGUUCGCGCUGUCGGCCGACGGUGUGCCUGCGACGUGCAUUGUGGGAUCGGCUCUGGGCCGCAUCUUCCUAGGUGGCCGGGAUGGCUGCCUCUACGAGAUAGUCUACUCGGCUGGCAGCAGCUGGUUUGGGUCGCGCUGCCGCAAGGUGAACCACUCGAGCAGCGCUCUGUCCUACUUGCUGCCGGCCUUCCUGAGCCUGCCCUUUGGCAAGGAGGACCCCAUCGUCCAGGUGGUGGUGGAUGACUACCGGAAGGCUCUCUACACGCGCUCUGAGAGGGGUACCCUGCAGCUGUUUGACCUGGGCGUUCGUGGUGAUCAGGCCAGCCGGGUCAUCUCGCUGCCCCAGCACCAGUUGGCUCAGAUGGCGUCCAGGGUGGCACCCACCACAGACACUGACAACUUCAGAGUCCUUGUGCACAUCCAAGUGAUAUUGCCAUCCGAGUCACCGCAGGCUCACCUGGUGGUCAUCACACAGACCGGUGUGCGCCUAUUCCUGACGACCAUCUCGCCUGGGGUACCCGAAGCUCGUCCUUCAACAUUAGCACUGCUGCACGUGCGUCUUCCACCUGGCUUCACCUCACACGCACCCUCACAGCGAGUACAUGGGGUGCGCACAGCGAUGUGUCAGCGGGGAACGACCGUCCUCGUCGCUUCCCACACAGAGGACAAAGACAUCUUCUGGACGCUGGCUUCUGAUGCUUACCCGUUCCAGCAGUUCUUCACGGAGACGUCCACUUUCGGCCCAGUGGACGCAGGGGUUUGCUGUCUGGCCAGUGUGGCUCCCCAGCGUGCCCCGCGACCACAGUGCACCGUCAGCAUGCCCAGCGGUGCAGUCGUGCUCUCCGACCCUCCCACCGUGGUUACACAGCACAUGGAUGGUCCACAGAAAUUUGUGCUGCUCUCGCGCACAAGUUGCUGUUUGUACGAAAAGCCCCGGCCUGUGGACAUGCUGCGUGGCUUCCUUCAGAACCGGGCCACACCGGAUGAAGCCCUGCGUGCCUUCUUUGCACUGCAUGGCGAGGUCCAGGCCAGCGCCAUCUGCCUCAUUCUUGCCUGUAAUCCUUCAGACGCACAUCUGGCCAAGCGGGCCACCCAUGCACUCUUCCGCUACGGUGGAGAAGCCAAGCUGGUGGAACAUGCGCCCACACACCUUGCGUCUCCUCCGGUCUGGGCGAGCACACCACUGGCCGGUAACCAGGCACGGCCACUGAACAGCUUCGGCUCGCCCCUGGGGGCUCAGUCGCCCGUUCGGCCACUCGGCUGGAGGCCCUCGGCGCUGUCGACGACAAUUGUUCCGCCACAAUCCACUGCCGAGGUGGAGUUCUCUGGUCGUCACCACGGCUGCUAUGUUUACUUCUCGCGUCUCGUGCGGCCUCUGUGGACACUCAACCUUGUGUCGCCCGUGAAAGAUUGCAGCCUGGCCGACAUGUUUGCUAGCAGCAUUGCAGGGCAAGACGUGGAAAACUAUCUGCAGCCCAUCGUUUCCUUCCAGCGCUUUCUUCAGACAUUUGUAGGCUUGUCUAGCGAGAGUGCAUUUGCAAAUGUUGUGGCCAUCUCUCAGUCACGACUUGACCCAGACAGCACACUGCACCUUCGAGAGCAGACACCAAGGAAAGCACAGGCGGAGGCGGCAUCUCGUGAAUGGGCCUCGCUGAGCCAGCUGCUGCAGCUGGUAACACACACGGCCGAACUGCUUGGCUUAUGGAAAGUGCUGUGUGACCACCAGUUCCGCGCAGUCUCUGCAGCCUUCCCGCCGGACCUCCGCGACCAGCUGCGCAAUGCCACCUUGCGCGAGCUGGUGUUAGCCGACCGACAGCUUCCUGCAGGCCUUGCUGCUGCCCUGGUGCAGACGUACCUGGAAGAUAAUGCAGCGGCAGAAGCCGUGUCCAACCGGCUGCGCAGUGUCUGUCCGUCCCUGUAUCGCAUCGAGGAUGCACUCUUCACACGAGCUCACGAGAAGCUGCUGGCAGCGCGAGCUGAGCGCAAUCAGGAGGAGCGCUGCAAGCUCUUGGACGAAGCACUCACACUCUGCAAGCAGGUUGGUCCCCAGUUGCCUCUGGGCACAGCCUGUGGUCUGCUCACCAGCUGCAGUCACUACGCGGGUGUCAUCGACCUCGGCCUCUCUCUAGCCAAGCAAGUGGAUCCCCAGGGUCUGGCCUUGCAUUUCUACCAGCAGGGUGAGCGUCCCGAAGAUGAGCGUGGCCGACAAGCCUAUGCUGCCCGCAUAGAAUGCUACAAGGUGAUCAGGGACAUGCUUUCCGAGCUGCGUGCCAGUGGUGACAGCCGGGCAGACGGCUCCUCGUAUGAGGCAAUGCUUGGACUGGCCCUGCGGUCAGACGAUGAGACGUUCCACGCCUCACUGUACGACUGGCUGUGUGAGAGUGGCCAGUCGGCACGGCUGCUGAACGUGCGUAGCCCCUUUCUAGAGGCCUACCUGCAGCGUCGGUGUGAUGCGGCUGACUUGCUGUGGAAGUACCACGAGCGUGUGGGUAACUACAGCGCGGCCGCUCGCAUCCUCGCCAAGCUGGCCGACCGACCAGGCGCCGAUGCGAACCUGGCUAAGCGCCUUGAAUACCUCGCUCGCGCCAUUGUCUGCAUCAAGAGUACACACUUUCAGGUGACGAAUGAAGGGAACUUCUUGUAUCAGCUUGAAGAGAAGCUCGAAGUGGCUCGCUUGCAGGCGAAGGUGCAAGAUGCGCUGACACAGAGGUCCGACCUGCCAAUGGCAGCUGAGCUGGCGGCCCGUCUUGACGCAGAGCUGGUGGACGUCACUCACCUGUACGGGGACUAUGCCGAUCCCUACGACCUGGCCGAGUGCAAGUUAGCUAUUGUGCGCUCCUCGGGCUACGACAAGCCCCUCCUAGUUGAGAGCUUGUGGCAGUCUCUCCUUGAGCGCGAGUUUCUUAACAAUGUUCGCUCAGACCAGAUGUCUCAGCGACUGGAGUCUCUGGCUCAAGAGUAUGCCCAGUCUGAGAAGUUCUUUCCACUUGCUUUCCUGGUCAAGUUUCUGGAACUGCGUGGAAGCAAACAUGGUUUUGAGCCCGGUUGGAUUCUCGAGCCACUGCUUGGCGCCAAUGUGUCCCUUACAAGGCUCAGGGACACAUACAACGACCUCUAUCGCGGCAAGGACCCUGCGUUCACCGAGCGUUCUCUUCACUUGCUGCACGCCAUGGGGCGUCUCAUUGAACUGUUCCUCAUUGGUUGCCACUGCACAGACAAGCGGCGGCUGGCCAACAGGUGCAUCAAUGACAUCCCGGGCUACCUCGUUGAUCUUCAGUCAAUGGCUGCAAGAGAUAAUGCUGUAGAGAGCCUGAUUUCCAAAUUUAAGGAGUUUCAAGCUAGGCUGGACAGAUAUGUAGCAGCCUGAAACACAGCGUCUGAAACUGGGGCGUAAUUAUCUGUGCUUUAUACUAUCUCCAGGGACGCUAUUCUACAAUAUCACCCAUGCAAGCUAGCGGUGGGACAGUAUGAAACCAUUAAAGCAUGAUGUUCGACCUAUUC